AUGUCCCUCAACGAGAUCCAAGGCAAACUUGCCCUCAUCACCGGCGCAUCGGGCGGAAUCGGCUCAGCAUGCGCUCACCAGCUCGCCCAAAAGGGUGUUCACCUGGCGUUGACAUAUGCCAACAACUUGGAACCGUUGAACGCACUCGUCAUCGAUCUCCGCACCAAGUACGCGGAGAACAAACUCCGCAUCUCAAUUCACCAGGUCGACGUAGGAAAUGCCGAUCAGAUCGAGGCCAUGUUCCAGCAAAUCGAUACUCAGCACGGCCACCGACCAGACAUUCUGGUCUCGAACGCCGGUUAUGGGAAACGGUUCCCCAAUGUAUGGGACAUUACCCUGGAGGAAUUUGAUUACACGCUAAAUAUCAACCUUCGCGCUUCGUUCAUCCUGGUGAAAGGUGUUGUUGAGCAUAUGAAGAGUCAGCAAUGGGGACGCAUUAUUUUCAUGUCCUCGAUUGCUGCCUACGGUGGUGGAAUCAAUGGAUGCCACUACGCAGCUUCCAAGGGCGGUCUCACCGGCAUGAUGAAAAACCUCUCCACUCGCCUAGCCGAGUAUAACAUUAGCGUCAAUGAUGUCGCCCCUGCCAUGAUCGGUGACACAGGCAUGAUCCCCAACGCGGCGGCCAUUCCUGAGGUUGCGGCAGGUAUCCCGCUGCAACGUCUAGGCACACCCGAGGAGACGGCAAAUGUCGUUACCAUGUUGGCGACCACUGGAUAUAUGACGGGCCAAAGUCUCCUGCUGGCAGGGGGCUGA